GUGGGGUUUGCUGAACCCGCGGGAAAUGUGAGGCACGAUUGUUUACAUUCAAAGGAUUCAAGUUGUGUUUUCCCCUCCAGGUCUAUGGUUAGGCCUAUGUCUUGUCUGACAUGUGACAUUUGAUUGAUUCAAAGGAAGUACAUGUAACUUCAGGAGCAUGAGCACAACAAAGUUCUUCACCUCUGGCAGUGCUGCUACUUGGGAGAAGAUGCUGGGUCUCUAUGGCAACGUAAUGGAGCUGAAAGCCUCCAGCAUCAAGAAACCGGGAGGCAAGAAAGAGCUCCUGGAUCUGGAUAAAUGGUACCAGGAGAAACUACCCAAGCUCAUUCAGGAGCGAGACCCCAAGUAUAUCACUCACGAGGAGAUCACCAAACUCAUGAAAUGGAAACUCACUCGGGGCAAGUUCCGCCCCAGACUGUAUGACAUGGUGCAGAGCAACAAACCCGAGUUGGUAGAAUCAGCAAGCAAGGCUGCCUUUAAGAGCCUACCCAACUUGACCAAAGCCCUCAAGGAGUUGACCGUACUGAGUGCAGUGGGACCAGCAACAGCUUCCGCCAUUUUGGCAGCCGGAGCUCCGCAGCAUGCUGCCUUCAUGGCCGAUGAGAGCAUGUUACCCAUACCAGGCUUAGCCCCACUGAAGUAUACCGCAGCACAGUACGAGCAGUACACGGCCGAGGUCAGUGCAUGCGUCAAGAGGCUCAACAAAGAAGAUCCAUCCAGGCAGUGGACACCCCACAGAGUAGAGCUGGCACUUUGGACCCACUGCAUGGCCAGCAAACUACAGCCCAGCCUCCUUGACCAGCUGAAUGCAGGCGAGAAACGAAAGGCCGCUGACAAUGGUAGCAGCGACAGCACAAAGCGGGGCAAAAGAGGUGACAAGUAACAGAGUUGAGCACUUACGUUCACGUUUCUUUCAUUGUGAUAUUUCACCGACUUGUUUGAAACAUACUGGUGGUUGGGUUGCUUUUGAAAAAGUUGGUCUUUCUUAAGAGCCAAAUAAUUUUUAGAUCUAAAGCUUCAUGAAAAAGAACCAUUUUUGUAUUGAGGACGUGAAAAUUUAAUUGUUUAUCGUAUUUGUUUAACAUUGGAACAAGUUCAGGGCUACUAAUAAUGAACAUUCAGUUGUUUUAGUUGUUCAAAUUUGGCAAUGGACACAAAAGGAUACAGUCUGCUUCUUUGGUGGAAAAGAUGUCACCAGAAAACUGUUGAGUACUAUAAAGUUCUUGGUGAUUGUGUUACACUUACAAAUUACAAAGUCACGGAGAUUAUGACUGUGUGUAAAAGUGAUUUAGUUUUGUAUUUUUGAUAGAGUCAAUCAUUGUGAAAAUCAUUCACUUCAUUUACAAGAUGUCCAAGUAUUUCAAGUUUUUCCAUUUUUCUAACAAUCAUGUUUAAUAUUUUUCAGAUAUACAGGAACAGUUUUAAGUAAAGGUCAGUUACUUUUUAGGAGAAAAAGUAUCGAGUUGAACAGAUCAUGUAAAGAUAUGAAAGAUCCUAUACAAGUUUUAUAUUUAAGUUGAUUUGUAUAAAGCACAAAAGAGUUUAUGUAAAACAGAUUUUACUGACGUAUUCAAAUAUGUCAAGUAUCCUGCUGUUGGAAGUUUCUUGUGGACAGAAAAAAACUGAGACAAAAGAA